AUGUUCUCGCCGCCUCGCCGUGAGAAGGCGCGAGAGGACCCUCCCCAUCUCCCCGAGGGCGAAUGUCGCUACAUCUUGCUCCACCCGGAAGUCACGGGCACGCGGUGCGCCUGCGUGGGCUUUGCGUUGAACAGGGCGAUACCCGGUAGCACCUGUGAAUGUGGCCACCAAGCAUGUUACCAUAGCCCGGAGAAGGCAGCCGGCACCGUGGAAAGACACGAACUCGAGGUUUUGAGAGCGAGGGUUUGCUUGCUGGAGCAAGAGUUGGAUCAAGAGCGGAAUGGUGGAAGAGCCUCGCUAAUAGACCGCCUGGGCCGCCUGGAAGAGCUCGUGGAUAAGAACAGAGCAGAGACCGAGACCGAGUUCAAGACAGUAUAUCGUGGCAUGGGUGGUUUAUGGCAGAAUGUCGGGAUACUGACCAAGCGAAUGCCAUAUCAUGAUGAUCAUAUCGAGCGCUUGGCCGAUGAAGUCCACAGGAUUGAUAGCCGCCUAAUCGAGGUUGAUGAUGCGUCGAUACGAGUGGAGGAGAGGGUCGACGUACUGGAGACUUCAGCCAGCUCUACUGACAAGGCCGUCGGCCGUCGAAGGAAAGCAUCCACGCCCCCGUUUGAUGAGAUGUUGGACCCCGCGCCCAACGUAGCCGAAGGGGAAAACGAAUCGGGAUACCUGGACGAUAUUGACAACGGACUCGCUUCACACAACUUGACUGCUCAUGAAUCUUUAUGUAUCCAAUCACUCAGGGAGCGGAUUCCUUCCGUGGAGUCUGAUUCCCCGUCCUGGACGGUGCAUGUCUCGCUUCUCCCGACCUCCCGACAACCGUUCCCGUUCGAAAAGGAUACGGCGGCUUAUAAACGCUGCCUAUCCCGUGGUCUUCAUCAAAUGAUCGUCAUCCCCGACUCGGACAGUACGUCGUUUAAGACAGCGGUCGAUGAGGCCUUCUCUAAUGUCCUCCGAGGCCGGGAAUGGCAACCACUCGUCGCGAGGAUAUGUGAUGCCAAGAAUCUGCGUGGUCUCCCUAUGCUCCGCCAACUUCCAGAUCCACUCGACUGUGAUUAUGACUGGGAAUUUCUCCAGAAGAACUGCGCUGUUGUGGAUGACUCCGGGAAGAUCCUCGAUUUAUACAUCGUCAUGUCGGAGGAUACGCUAACUUGGGAGGAAAUCCGGCAUGUGGCGCCAUUUAAGCCAGGACUGGAAGAUUCUUGGGUACAUGACCCCUUGCUCGACGGCCCUUGUGUUGAACCUGAUGGAUUAACCGCUGUGGCACUAUCUCAGGAUGCCAUAGACAAACGACCCGCGGCAGGCGACAUCGUCCCGACAUGGUCACCCUCGUUGAAGCGCAGCGCUUCCGAAAUAUCGAGGACCCCUAGCUUUGGGUCCUCUGCGGAUGGCGAGGUCGCCAGAGCUAAGAUAAGACGACAAUGCGCAAAUGCUACCGUAGAAGUUGUGGGAAGGCGGGCGGAAGCCGUUUAA